CGAUCCGGGCAUUUUAAAAACAAACCGAAGCAGCGGAGCGGGCGCUCGGACAGAGCGCGAGAGGAAGGAAGGAAGGAAAGCGGCGUCGCUUUCUGAUUGGGGCCGCCUUCCCAAUAGGGGAGAAAGAAAGAGGGACUCCCCCCGCUUUCCCCCCCCGGCCCUCGUAGAAUAAUAAUAUAUCAUUCAGGCGCGUGUGAAACGAUGUUUUGAAGUGCGGAGGCGGGCCGGAGCGGACAGGAUCGGAUCGGGACCUGGCUGGGGCUGCCGUGCCCGGGAAGAUGCAUCUCCAUCAGGUGCUGACCGGAGCUGUCAACCCCGGGGAUAACUGCUACUCGGUCGGGGGCGUCGCUGACAUCCCGUUCACGGCAUACGCAUCAGGAUGCGACAUAGUGAUUCUUGGAAGUGAUUUUGAAUGUGUUCAGAUCAUCCCUGGUGCUAAACAUGGCAAUAUCCAAGUGGGCUGUGUGGAGUGCUCCCUUCAGCAAGGCAGAAUUGCCGCUUCUUAUGGGAACACUGUUUGCAUCUUUGAACCAUUACCUGUAAGCCAUUACAAAAGAAAACUUGUCCUAAGUUAUCAAUGGCAAAAGACGGGGCAGUUCUUUCUUCAGUCUAUGGCAUACAACUUGGCUUGGGAUCCACAAGGUAACCAGUUAUUGACAGCUACAGAUUGUCUGCAGUUGUGGUCACCACCUCCUGCUGACAUUUUAGAAGAAGAAGAAAGUAGUCAUGCUGAGGAAUUUAGAUUACACCCAGAUUUAAAUGAUUGGAAAUGUAUCUGGCAAUGCAAGACUGCUAUUCCAAUAUAUCUCAUGAAAUGGUCUCCUGAUGGAGAAUACUUUGCAACAGCAGGAAAAGAUGACUCCCUUCUGAAAAUAUGGUAUCUUACCACUGGCUGGAAGUCUGCUGUAAUAGGUGCAGAAACAUUUGGGGAAAAGAAUGCUUCUUCAGCUGUACACUUUUCCUUUGUGUAUCUGGCACAUCCUCGUGCAGUAACAGGAUUUUCAUGGCGGAAGACUAGUAAAUAUAUGCCAAGAAGUUCUGUGUGCAACGUACUACUGACAUCAUGUCAAGAUGGUGUUUGUCGGCUCUGGGCUGAAACCUUAUUGCCAGAAGACAGUCUUCUUGGAGGACAAAUGACAGAAUCUACCAUUAGUACCUCAACCAGCAAUCUUCCUCACAGUGGAAGUCAGAAAGACAAAGUUCAGCAUGCUCUGGAGACAAUUCAUCAUUUGAAGCAUCUAAGAAGUCGUCGCAGAUCCUCCGUUCUGGCUGCCCAAAUUGAAGUUUUGCCAAGCCAACUGGAAUCGCAUGAAGUUCACAGACAAAUUUCACACUAUGUUAAUGCACUCUGUCACUUUCAUAUUGCAGCGAGUAUUAAUCCUAAUACAGAUAUUCCACCAGCACUAGCUGGCACAGCUUUUAACAUUGAAGAGGGAGGUGGAAAUUUUGUAGUUCACUGGCUGAACAAUAAAGAACUGCAUUUUACAUCAUCUAUGGAAGUAUUCAUGGAGCAAUUAAGAAAGCUGACAGAUCAGCAGACAGAGGAUGAAGUUGACACGGUCAGUCAGAAUGGAUUGAAAAUGAAACUCGACAACAGUGAGCAAGAACAAGAUGAAACUUCAGAGAAAGGAUCAGAAUAUGAGAACGAAGAGGCUGAGCAAGUUGGAAGCACUAAAGUAUCUACACCAUCAGCUGUGGGGAUUUCAAUGCCCACCAUAUUGUUGGAUCGAAAAAUUGAAACACUGCAAACAGAAUGGAACAGGAAUGCUGAUAUGCUGUUCACAAUCCAUCCUGUAGAUGGCUCAUUUUUAGUAUGGCAUGUGAAGUAUUUAGAUGAGUAUCACCCAGGAAUUUUCAGACAAGUCCAGGUCGCAUUUUCAUCACGGAUUCCUGUUGCUUUUCCGACUGGUGAUGCUAAUUCGCUCAGCAAAAAUAUCAUGAUGUAUGCAUGUACUGCUAAAGAUGCUAAGAGCCUUCCAGAUAAUGAUCCUAAUAUCAAUGGGGUGACCCAUUUUGUGAAUAGUUCAAAAUUAAACAUCAUCACUCCAGCAGUUAUGAUGAUUUCAAAGCAUGUUGAUGGAUCACUAAACCAGUGGGCAGUGACCUUUGCUGAAGAAUCUGCUUUCACCACAGUUCUAAUGGUAUCGCACAAAUUUAGAUAUUGUGGACAUCGUUUUCACCUGAACGACUUAGCUUGUCAUUCGGUGCUACCCUUAUUGUUGACCUCUUCCCAUCACAAUGCACUAAUGACUCCAGAAACUGACUUUGUUGAAAAGGAAAAACCUGUGGUAGAACAUGUAAAGCCCUUAAAAGGGCCAGCUUCACAGCAUGUUAAAAAUGCUGCUACAAGAACAUUUCAUGAUCCUAAUGCCAUCUACAGUGAGUUGAUACUUUGGCGUAUGGACCCAAUAGGACCUUUGUCAUACUCUGGAGGGGUUUCAGAGCUGGCACGUAUCAAUUCCUUGCAUACUUCAGCUUUUUCAAAUGUGGCCUGGCUUCCAACAUUGAUCCCAAGCUAUUGUCUUGGGACCUACUGCAACUCUGCUAGUGCUUGUUUUGUUGCUUCUGAUGGUCAAAAUCUUAGGCUCUAUCAAGCUGUGGUUGAUGCCAGGAAACUUCUGGAUGAACUUUCUGAUCCUGAAAUCUCGAAACUCGUUGGAGAAGUAUUCAAUAUAGUCAGCCAGCAGUCAACAGCUCGACCAGGUUGCAUUAUUGAACUAGAUGUAAUAACAGCUCAGUGUGGCACAAACACACAGCUACUUCAUGUAUUUCAAGAAGAUUUUAUCUUGGGAUAUAAACCACAGAAAGAAGAAUUAAAUAAGGAUCAAGAAUUUUCUUUCAGUCAACCUGCCCAAGGAUGUCGUGCACCAUCAUUCUCUGAAAAGUUUUACCUUGUGGUGAUAGAAAGGGACAAGAGACGAUCUGUUCUUCACAUGUGGCACCUCCAUUUGAAAUCUGUGCAGCCUCGUGUAGUAAGCAUGGCGGACAAUAAAAUAUCUAUACCUGAGGAAAAGAGCUUUAGCCUAUCUCCAAAUACUUGUGUUUUAAGUUCUCUUCCACGGUCAGCAUCAGUUGCUAACCUUCAGACUGCUAGCAAGUUGAUACUUAGCUCUGAAUUAGUUUACAGUCAACAGUUAAAUGUUCCUGAGGGAGUGGAAGUAAUCCGAGCAACUCCUUCUGCAGGUCACUUAAGUUCAUCUUCAAUCUAUCCAGUCUGCCUUGCACCUUAUCUAAUAGUGACAUCAUGCUCUGAUGGUAAAGUGAGAUUCUGGCGGUGUACUGUGGAUAAAAGUUCAAAUUCAAAAAACUUAGAGAAAGUACAUGCUUAUAGGUGGGAAACCUGGCCUUUGAUGAAUGAGGAAGGAGAACACAGUGACAGUGCAGUUAGUAUUGCAGGACGACCAGUGGCUGUAAGCUGUUCAUACACUGGACGAUUGGCCGUCGCUUAUAAAGAGCCUUUACAGGCUAAUGGUGUUACACCAAAGGAGUUCAUGAUGCAUGUCUCCAUAUUUGAGUGUGAAUCUACUGGAGGAUCAGAGUGGGUGUUAGAGCAGACAAUACAUUUAGAUGGCAUAGGAAAGGUUGGAAGUGUCCUGGACUCUCGAGUUAGUGUAGAUAGCAAUUUGUUUGUGUAUAAUAAAUCUGAUAUUUAUCUCAAAGGCACCCGCAUAACAUCAAACAUAAAACAUUUACUGCACUUGGAUUGGGUAUCAAAAGAAGACGGUUCUCAUGUUCUUACAGUGGGAGUUGGUUCUAAAAUUCUCAUGUAUGGAAGGCUGUCAGGGAUUGUGACUGAACAAGCCAGUAGCAAAGAUGGACUGGCUGUUAUUACUUUGCCACUAGGGGGAAGCAUUAAGCAAGGAACUAAGUCAAAAUGGGUAUUGCUGAGAUGUGUUGAUUUGGUGUCUUCAGUGGAUGGAACGCCUUCACUUCCAGUUUCUCUAUCCUGGGUGAGGGAUGGCAUCCUGGUAAUUGGAAUGGACUGUGAAAUGCAUGUGUAUGCACAAUGGAAACAUUCUACAAAAUCAUUAAAUGGUAAUGACAGUGGGAGCUUGUCAUGCUUUGAAGAUUUAGUUGAUAGCUCUCCAUUUGAGACGAAAAUCCUUUCAAAGCGACACAGUGUUGCCGACGCAGCAGCUGGUAUGGAUGAUGUAUUUGGAGUCCCAGGAAUGGUUCAAGAUGGUGGAUUGUUUGAAGCUGCUCACAUUCUUUCUCCUACUCUUCCACAAUAUCACCCCACUCAACUUUUGGAACUUAUGGAUUUGGGCAAGGUGCGCAGAGCUAAGGCAAUUCUUUCACAUUUAGUAAAAUGUAUUGCUGGGGAAGUUGCAGUUUUUAGGGAUAAAGAUCCUGGAGAAGGAGGAGGGCCUCGACGCCAUCUUUCUCGAACCAUCAGUGUAAGUGGAAGUACAGGAAAGGACACAAUUAUAGCUGGAAGAGAAGGUACACGCGAUUAUACUGAGAUAGAUUCCAUUCCACCUCUGCCACUUUAUGCAUUGCUAUCUGCAGAUCAGGAUACAUCCUACAAAAUUGUUGAAGAAACUCCUAAUGUAAACAAAGGUUCACGGUCUCAAAGUAAAAAUGAAAUGGACAAUCAGUAUGCCGAUUUGUUUCAGUCUCCAAGUGUGACGACAGAUGACUUUGUUGACUUUGUAAUCGAAAAGAAGGAAUCUAGAUCUAAAGUUAUAAAUUUAUCCCAGUAUGGACCAACAUACUUUGGGCCAGAACAUGCCCGUGUGCUUUCCAGUCACCUGAUGCACUCAAGCUUGCCGGGACUGACACGACUAGAGCAGAUGUUCCUUGUAGCUUUAGCUGACACAGUGGCUACCACGAGCACAGAAGUUAAUGAAAAUAGAGACAAGACCUACUCUGGAGGCGAAACACUGGAUGAAUGUGGUCUACGUUAUUUGCUUGCCAUGCGCUUACAUACGUGUCUUCUGACAUCUCUGCCGCCAGUCUACAGGCUUCAACUCUUGCAUCAAGGUUUGUCCACAUGCCACUUUGCCUGGGCCUUUCAUUCUGAAGCUGAAGAGGAAUUGCUUAAUAUGAUUCCUGCCAUGCAGAAAGGAGAUCCUCAGUGGUCUGAGCUGAAAGCUAUGGGAGUAGGCUGGUGGGUUCGAAACAUCAAUACACUCCGCAAGACCAUUGAGAAGGUUGCUAAAGCUGCUUUCCAAAGGAAUAAUGCUGCAAUGGAUGCUGCAUUAUUUUAUCUUGCUAUAAAGAAAAAGGCUGUACUUUGGGGCUUAUUCAGAUCUCAGCACGAUCAAAAGAUGACCGAGUUUUUCAAACACAAUUUUAGUGAAGACAGAUGGCGUAAAGCAGCUUUGAAAAAUGCAUUUGCUUUGCUGGGUAAACAGCGAUUUGAACAGUCUGCAGCAUUUUUCCUUUUGGCUGGUUCUUUAAAGGAUGCUAUUGAGGUGUGUCUCGAAAAAAUGGAUGACAUUCAGUUGGCCAUGGUUAUUGCAAGAUUGUAUGAAGCUGACUAUGAAACAUCCUCUACCUGUAAAUUCAUUCUCUAUGAAAAAGUUCUGGGCUGUAAAGCAGACGGAUCUGAAUUUGUGCCAAGCCAAUUGCAUCCAGAUCCAUUUUUGCGAAGUAUUGCAUAUUGGACUCUGAAGGAUUACUCUAAGGCAUUGGAUACACUUCUGGAACAACCUAUAAAGGGUAGUGACAAGCAUCCAGGAGUCCUCAUAAAAUCUUGCAAUCCAGUAGUAUUCAGCUUUUACAAUUAUCUUCGUGCUCACCCUUUGUUGAUGCGGAGACAUUUUGCUUCACCUGAAGGAUCUUUGGCUACUUUAGGACUUGUAACAGACAAAGGCAGUGAAGAUGAAAUCAACCUUAUUGAGAGGAAAUUAUUUUUUUCCACAGCAAAUGCCCACUUUAAAGUUGGCUGCCCUGUCUUAGCUCUUGAGGUACUGUCUAAGAUACCAAAGAUCUUGAAAAAAUCAAAAAUAUCCUUCAAAAGUGAAAAGGGCAAAUUGAGUACCCAAGGGCAAAAUAGUGUUGAUAAUCGUGGUGGAAUCACUGGAUGUACUGAGUGGUCGCAGACUGUAGCAGAUUCUUCUGGUCUGGAUGGGGGAGCCAGUAAUACUGCUGGCUUUGAUUGGAGUCAGCCAAUAAUGUCAUUUGCUGAAGAACCACUAAAACUUGAAUGGGAUGAUGAGAAAGAUGAUGAAUUUGAAGAGGAGGAUGCUGGUGGGCUGAAUAUGAAAGAUGCAGAAAUAAAGCACAGGGCUGACGAUAAGAAAAAAUGUAUUCCUGAAGAGUCUCGGUCUCCUCCAAAAGAAGAUUCCACUUCCUCUGACUCAUGGGUUGAUGUAAUUGCAGAACAGUUAAAAUUCAGAGCAUGCUUGAAAAUCCUAAUGACUGAACUUAGGACAUUGGCUACAGGAUAUGAAGUAGAUGGAGGGAAGCUCCGAUUUCAACUGUACAACUGGUUAGAAAAAGAGAUAUGUGCAAUGCAUCAAAUCUGCAAUUAUAAAACUGAAACUAAAGACUCUGUCAUUGACAUUGAUACAAAAACCAGUAGCUCACUUGACCAGGAGGAUAUAACUGAAAACACAGAAGGAGCUUCAUAUGAAAGGCAUCAGAUUGAUCGGCGGAGGCUGCAAGCAAAGCAAGAACAUGCAGAAAGACGGAAAUGGUGGCUGCGGAAAAAUCAAGCCCUGCUUCGAGUUUUUCUAAGCUAUUGCAGUUUGCAUGGAGCUCAAGGUGGUGGCUUAGCUUCAGUCAGAAUGGAACUUAUCUUUCUAUUACAAGAAUCACAGCAGGAAACUACCAUGAAACAGCUUCAGUCUCCACUUCCUUUACCAACCACUUUGCCCCUUCUCUCUGCAAGCAUUGCUUCAACCAAAACGGUGAUAGCCAACCCUGUCAUGCAUUUGAGUAACCAUAUCCAUGAUAUUCUGUACACUGUGGUCCAGAUGAGUUUUCCACCUCUUCCAGGUCUUAAGGAUGAAAAGGUUUUCAUUCUGCAUACUUUGGCUGCUUCACUCUCAGCUUGUAUUUACCAGUCUUUGUGUGACAGUCACAGCUACAGUCAAACGGCUACAAACCUGUUUACAGGAAUGGUUUAUCAGGGACUUCUGUUAGGUGAAAGGCGUAGAUUGCGGACUGAAAGCAUUGAAGAACAUGUAACUCCUAACUCUUCACCUUCACAUUGGCCUGGUGUUUCAUCACUCAUUAAUCUUCUUGGAACAGCUCAGGAAGAUGAUCAACCCAAAUUGAAUGUGUUGCUUUGUGAGGCAGUGAUUGGUGUUUACCUAAGCCUUUUGAUCCAUGGUCUUGCUACUCAAGAUAGCAAAGAACUCUUUCGAUUAGUUGCUCAUCCACUAAAUAAUCGAACUUGGGCUGCAGUAUUUGGGGGAGGUGCAAAAAUGAUAGUAAAACCCAAAAAACGGCCAGAACUUACACCAGUUCCUCCAGAGGACAUUGACCGAUAUCGACGGAGAUUUAAUAUGAAGAUGUUGGUUCCUGGUAGGCCUGUAAAGGAAACUUCAACCCCACCGCCAGUACCAGCAGAGAGACCAUCAUACAAAGAAAAGUUUAUUCCACCUGAGCUCAGUAUGUGGGAUUAUUUUGUCGCCAAACCAUUCUUGCCUCCAUCUGAGAGCGGGUUUAUGUAUGACUCAGAUGAAAGUAUCCCUAGUGAUGAUGAUGAUGAUGAUGAUGAAGAUGAUGCUUUUAUUUCUGACACUCAGCUACAAGAGCAUUCAGAUCCUAACUCUUACAGCUGGGCACUGAUACGUUUAGGAAUGGUUAAGCUUGCAUUGAACAAUGUGAGAAACUUCUUUCCUGUUGCAGGAUUGGAAUUUGCAGAUCUUCCAGUAACUUCACCAUUGGGCAAUGCUGUCAUUAAGACUUUAGAAAACUGGCAACAAUUGCUACAGGCAAAAAUGGAACAAUUUGAAGGCCCACCUCCAAGUUAUAUUAACACCUACCCAAGUGAUUUCUCGGCAGCUGCUGGACCAGCCAUUUUGCGACACAAAGCAAUGCUUGAACCAGAAAAUACUCCAUUUAAGUCACGACAUUACUCAACGUUUCCUGUUAAAAGGCUAUGGCAUUUCUUGGUUAAACAAGAAAUUCUACAAGACACAUUCAUCAGAUUUAUAUUCACAAAGAAAAGAAAGCAAAGUGAGUCAGUAGAAGACCAUGUGGAUCAAGUCAAACAAAACUGCGUAGCGGAACAUCGUGGAAGCAACAAGGUUGAAACAGAGCUGGGUUAUCCUGGUAGAAAAGCAAAGAUUAUUCACAAAGAUUCAGAUGCCAUAAUGGCAUUUGCAAUUAAUAAGGCAAAUUCCAAUGAGAUGGUGUUGGCUUCAACUCAUGAUGUCCAAGAACUUGAUGUAUCUGCAAUUCUGGCUGACCAGCCCUAUACCUGGAUUGGUGAAGAUUCAGACAGGGAAUCUAGAAGUUCUGAUGAUCUUGAGCAUCGCUCAACAAUGAGUACUAGCCAAACAAGUACAACUCAUUUUGGAUCCAGCCAGCUUUCUGCUUCUUCUUCAAUGCCUUGGUUAGGAAGUGGGCAAACCAGUACAGGAGCCACUGUGCUCAUAAAGAGGAACUUAAACAAUGUGAAAAGGAUGACUUCACAUCCAGCUCACCGAUAUUACCUUACAGGUGCACAAGAUGGAAGUGUUCGAAUGUUUGAAUGGAAUCGGCCACAGCAGGUUAUAUGUUUCCGCCAAGCUGGCAAUGCCAGGGUUACUCGACUACAUUUCAAUUCCCAAGGAAAUAAGUUGGGGGUGGCAGAUGGAGAAGGUUUUUUGAGCCUCUGGCAAGUCAACCAAACUGGAUCUAAUCCUAAGCCUUAUCUUAGCUGGCAGUGUCACAGUAAAGCUGCUGGUGACUUUGCAUUCGUUACCUCCUCAAGUCUCAUAACGACAGCAGGACAGUCUAAUGACAACAGAAACGUUUGUUUAUGGGAUACACUAAUUUCACCGCAGAGCAGUCUUGUGCAUGGAAUUUGCUUAUUUUCCCUGCUGGCUUGCAGGAUCCUCUUUGCCAGCUGUUCCUAUUUCUCCUCUUUUUGUCUCCAUCUCCCUUUGAUGGUGUUGAAGGACUUCCUAUGCACAUCAAAUGAACAUACAAAAAAACAAGGUCAGGCAGGUCAACUGGUCAGAAACCAGAUCCAUUCGCUUCCACCAGCAAAUAGAGUUGAAAGUGCCUCAUUUUGAUUGAUGCUGUUCUGCUGGAAGACAAACAGAUUCCUCUGACAUAGCUAUAAUAUGAGUGCUUAACUCACGAUUACGUAGAAUAACUCUUUAGAAGCAAUCCAAUCAAACCUUGCUUUGGUACUAAUGGAAAGAAGAUAUGUCUGAGUGAUUAUAGAAUGUUGUUACUAGGUUGGUCGCACUCACCAAAAUGACACUGACCAUUUAUGAGGGAUCUGUAGUGAUUUAAUGAGGUCAGCCUGCUGGACCUCAAAGAAUAUGAGUUCCCUGAUUGGGGCUAUUAAUCUGGUCCAGUCAAAGAGCUCUAGCUGACAGAUUAAAAGAGGAGUGUUAGCGAUUCUGUCACUCUGAGAACUGACUCUGGAGAGGCAGUGCUAAAGUCAAGGGCUUUUUGUAUAUAAAUAAAAUAUGACUUGGUGAUGGGCUACUGGCCUCCGGGGAGUUAUUUCACUCUGGUACACCUAACUCUUGCAGUACUGAAUUUUGAGAAUUAUAAUUUGGAGUAAACUGUCUCUAAAUUUAAUGCGACAUUUUCCUUCAAAGAGGUUGUUGCUGGACUUCCUGUCACCUGUCUGGCUGUCAAAAGGGCACUGCCUGCCAUUUUACAGGAAGCUGCUAUGUAAAGGACAAGGGAAUGUGCCAGAAAUAUAGUAAAAAUAUGAAUACUAAAUUUAGAUAUGGAUUUUUUGAGAUAUUGGUCAGCAUCCAGCAUCCACUUAGCUAUAUAAAACCUGAUUAACAACUUGUGUGAAUAGAUGGAACGACCCUUCAGCAGGGCAAUGUGAAGGGAUUAUUCACUAUAUCAGGGUCUUUCUCAGCUGCUAUUUGAUCAUUGGGUGUUUUUUGGCCUGGUUUCUGCCAUAUCUUCUGAGGAGUCCAAAUUAAAUAAUGUUUUUGCUGGUUCUGGAUUGAUCUUUCUUCUUUUAAACAGUUUAACUGCAGUUCUGGUCUGGUUGGAGUGCAUAUAGGGCACAAGGAGGAAGAGAAACAGCAAAGAUUGCAUGAGAGAGCAGUUUUGAGAUCUAAAAGCUCCACAUUGUACUGGGUACAUUUUCAAAAAAUGUUUUGCCAUUGACAUGAUUAAAUUCUGAUUUGUCAAAGUAGUUAUGUAAAAAAGCAUCUGUGCCACUGAUUUAAUAUCUGAAUAGAAAGCACCAUGGACUGUAUGCCAUAGGUUUAAUGCUUUUCAAUACCUUUCCCCCACCUUGCUGAUCUCUGUAACCCUCUUUUUGCCUGUUGUUUUGAAAUUCUUAACUUAUUUUCAGUUAAAUCAUACACUUAACUGCUGACAAACAAAUCAAAUAUGAUUCAUGUAAUUUAAAAUAAAACUGGUUACGUUUUAAACUCUGGCUCUUUGACUCUGUUUGGGCAUGUCUGUAGCAGUAAUCCAGAUCCCCAGACCAAUGCUUUGGGGACAGGGACAGGUAGCUGAUUGAAUUUACAUUCAGUUAAUUAAGGCUGAUCAUUGUAAUGGUGACCAUAUCUCACCAUUAUCAUUGAACGACUAUCAUUCAAUGUUAUAAAAUCCAUCUGAAUCCCUAAUCUCCUUUAAAGAAAGCAAUCUGCCAUCCUUAUGUGAUCAACUCCAGAAUCUCAGAAAUGUGGUUGACCUUUGAACUGGCUUAGCAAACCACUCAGUUUAAGGGCAUUUGGGGAUGAGCAAAAGCUUUUACAGUGAUGCCCACAUCCCGUGAUUUUUUUUUAAAAUUGUGUGCAGAUAAUUUGUUUUGCUAAGCAUAAAUGUUGAGACUGAAGGUUACUAUUUUUUCUCUUUUAAUCCCCUGAGGUUUUGUCUGCCAUGACAAUGGAGCCACAGUGCUUCAAUACGCACCAAAGCAGCAAAUUCUGAUCUCUGGAGGUAGAAAAGGCU